CUCUCUCUUACACUUAUCUUCGCCGUGCUUUCUUUCUUUCUUUCAAUGGCCAUGACAAAUUUUCUUGUGAUUUCUCUGAUUGUUGCUUUUCUUUUUUUGAUAAGCAACCAUGGCAUUGAAGCCUCUCACGUGGUUUAUCCAGAGUUUCAAUCUCUUGCUGCUGUUACAGUCAAACAAACUCACAGGACUGGAUUCCAUUUUCAACCUCCCAAGCACUGGAUCAAUGAUCCAAAUGGACCAAUGUAUUACAAUGGAAUCUACCAUUUAUUCUAUCAAUACAAUCCCAAAGGUGCAGUUUGGGGCAACAUCGUUUGGGCCCAUUCUGUAUCCAGAGAUAUGGUCAAUUGGCAAGCCCUUGAGCCUGCAAUUUACCCUUCAAAGCCAUUUGACAUAAAGGGUUGUUGGUCCGGCUCCGCCACCAUUCUGCCGGGCAACAAGCCCAUAAUUCUCUACACAGGAAUUGACUCCAAAGAAAGACAACUCCAAAACUAUGCUGUACCUAAAAACCUUUCCGACCCAUAUCUUCGUGAAUGGAUCAAACCCGAUAACAACCCAUUGGUAUUUCCAAAUGGCGUUAAUGCAAGCGCCUUUCGUGACCCGACCACCGCAUGGUGGGAGGACGAUGGUCACUGGAGGAUGUUAGUUGGUAGUAGGAGGAAGCAUAGAGGAAUAGCAUAUUUGUAUAGGAGUAGGGAUUUCAUGAAAUGGACCAAGGCAAAACACCCCAUCCAUUCUAAAGAAAAAACAGGUAUGUGGGAAUGCCCCGAUUUUUUCCCUGUUUCACUAUCGGGUAAAAAUGGGUUGAAUACUUCAUAUAGUGGCCCAAAUGUGAAAUAUGUUUUGAAGGUUAGUCUAGAUGAGACAAGAUAUGAGUACUAUACAGUUGGUUCAUACUUUAACGAUAAAGACAGAUAUGUCCCUGAUAAUACGUCAGUUGAUGGAUGGGCUGGGCUUAGAUAUGACUAUGGAAAUUUUUAUGCUUCCAAGACUUUCUUUGAUGCCAGCAAGAAUAGAAGGAUUUUAUGGGGUUGGGCUAAUGAGUCUGAUAGCAAAGAAGAUGAUAUUAGAAAAGGGUGGGCUGGAAUUCAGACUAUUCCAAGGUCUCUGUGGCUUGAUCCAAAUGGAAAACAAUUAUUGCAAUGGCCAAUCCAAGAAUUAGAAACUUUAAGAGGGAAAAAGGCAGAAAUCAGCAAUAAAGUGCUCAAAUCAGGAGAGAAUGUUGAAGUUGGUACAGGAAUUACUGCUGCUCAGGCUGAUGUUGAAGUAACCUUCUCAUUCCCUAGCUUGGACAAAGCUGAACCAUUUGAUCCCAGCUGGGUCGACGCAGAGAAGCUGUGUGGUAAAAAAGGUUCGACCGUUAAGGGCGGAGUUGGCCCGUUCGGGCUCUUGACAUUAGCCUCAGAGAAGCUAGAAGAAUACACUCCUGUCUUCUUUAGAAUAUUCAAGGCUCCAAACAAGCAUGUAGUUCUAAUGUGCUCUGACGCAACCAGUUCAUCUUUGAAGCCUAUAGGUCUUUACAAGCCAUCAUUCGCCGGCUUUGUAGACGUAGAUUUAGCCGAUAAGGAGCUGUCUCUCAGGAGUUUGAUUGAUCAUUCAGUUGUGGAAAGUUUUGGAGCUGGAGGGAAAACGUGCAUCACUUCCAGGGUUUAUCCAACUCUUGCAAUCUUCAAUAACGCCCACUUGUUUGUUUUCAACAAUGGGAAUGAGACUGUAACCAUUGAUAAGCUUAGUGCUUGGAGCAUGAAUAAGCCCCAAAUGAAUGCAUAAUUAAAAAGGGAGAUUGAAAAGGAAACCUAAAUAGGUAUUUUAGGUUUUCAGGGAAGAAGGAAAUUAGGGUUAUGAGUAUGUAAAAUAUUAAGCAUGAGAUAUGAAAUAAGAGUAAGUCAUGCUAAUAAGUUGUGCGUGUAGUUUUGGAGGAAAUUUAACUGAUAUGUCUUCCCAAGUUUGGA